CCUUCACGCUCGCAUCGAAGGUAGACCGAAGUAACAACUAGCAUUAAGAGGUGACGCUUUUCGCCAAAAUGGCGAGCUCAAAUAUGAAAGAGAGAGAUGAAAUACUUUAUCACGACCUGACCCUCACGGACAAGGCAGUCCUUGAGGGUGAGGUCGUGUCUCACACCGAGGAUAACCUGGUUUUACUCGGCGACACGUGGCCCAGUUGACUCGAGGAAGGACUCUGUUUGACUCCGAAGAGCGAUGCCAUUCCCCAUCGCCAAGGAUCCUUCGGGAAGCGGCUGCGUUGGGCCCAGUCCUGCAGCGACAUCAGCGAGUGCUGCUCUGGCUGCAGCGACGUCCGACCGCUCCCAGGAUUCUCAACAACGUCUUCGGGCUACCACUCGGGGCGAGGGACCUCCGUGGUCAGCUCCGACGCCCCAACUGGCCCCCACCUUGAUGUCAGCGACAGCGAAGACGACGACGACGACAGCGACUGGGGCGAGGACGAGUGGCCCCUAGAGCGCCCCCUACCCCUGCCGGAGUGGGGGUGCGAGCGCCCCGACCUCAAGUUCUCCUGCCUCCAACACUACUACGGUUUUGUAGCGAGGGCGACCCGGACCCUCCACGUCGCCCUCGACACCCACUGCUACGACAGUUUCUCCAACUUCCUCACCUUUAGUAAGGAAUACCUAGCGUCUCAAGAGGAAUAUGACGACCUGAUGGAGUUCUACCGUGACUACGAUCCCCCACUCGUGCCGGGGCGUUACACCUGCGUCGGGCUAGCGGGUGACCUCGCCACCAGACUCUCUCCCCUCGAGGUGCUUUAUCCCGGCCUGAAGGACGCCACAUACCAGGUUUCUUGUGAGGAAGAAGUAGAGGACGUGGACUGGUAUUGCUCCGGCAGUGUCCCGCCCAACACUACUAGUAUGAAAGAACAUGUUAUGCUGUGUGUGAGGGUGAGCGUGUGCGGCCGUCCGGGAGUCAUGCUCUUCGACCCGGGCUACCACGUCGGCCAGCCCGUGACUGUGAUGGAGGACGGUCUCGCGCCGCAGUCGGGUCCUAUCCGAGGCAGCACGGCCCGCGCUGAGGUUUCCAGGACCUUCCACUACAAGUACCAACCGAACAACCCCGCCUUCGUGGUGUGGGAAGUGACGGAGGAGCGGGAGGGAAAGCCGCCUCGCCACUUUAACAACCUGAUCCACAUCUCGAGGCCUUUCCUCUCCAGCGUUGACAUAGCGGAAAGAAGGAACCUCGUCUACGGCUUCAAGACGCUGCUGGGGAGGGAGUGCACCGGCCAGCUCACCUGCGGACUCUACUUCCCGGUCCGCGAGUGCGCCAAGACCUCGGUCACCCUUUUCCACCUUGUCGCCGGCCGCCCGUGCCACCGCAAAGUCCCCCUCGCCUAUUUCCUCGAUGAAGGAUUCGAAGAGGAGGACGUUGAAGUGGCUGCGGCUGCGGUGGCGAAGGGCACAGGCAGGACGAAGGAGGAGCUACGUCACAGCCUGGUCGCUCUGGCUCACCUCCUUCAGGACAGCGACUUCGUAAAGCAGGUAAUGGAGCUGGACAAGCGCAUCGCUGACAUUGUCAAGAACCAAGGAGAGGCGUAGGAAGACAGUGUUAUUUUCAUAUUCGGAAUGUAAGGUCGUAAAGCUAAAAAUAAAUCUGGGAAACCUGA